UCGAAAAAGGACAUGUUGGCGCCAUCUCGUCCCUAUUUCGUCAUUCUUUUAAUUCAAUUUUUUUCUUUUAUUAAUCCCUACCAUAUCACUGAUACACUCUGUAUACUUAUACAUUUCUUGGAGUAAGGCGAUAUUUUGAGCCAGUAUAAAAAUAACAGAAAUAUGCGGAACAUAGAAAUAAAAGCAUCGGUUCAAGACUGGGAAACUAUAAACGAUAAAGCCAAAGAACUCAGUGGUUCUGAGCCAACGACGAUUCGACAAAAUGAUACAUUCUUUAAAGCAGAGAAAGGACGAUUGAAACUGCGUCGAUUCGAGGAUGGUUCUGGAGAAUUAAUAUUUUAUGAAAGGCCAGACAUAUCAGGACCAAAGUUGUCGAACUACAGAAAAGCAAAUCUAAGUGCAGAAGACUGCAAACAAAUUGGUGACGUAUUGACAGAAUCGAAUGGAGUUCUUGGAACAGUUGAGAAAACAAGAUAUCUGUACAUGAUUGGACAAAGUCGGAUUCACAUUGACAGAGUUCUGAAUUUGGGCACAUUUGUGGAAAUCGAGGUUGUUCUAAGGGAAGAUCAAACUCCGGAGACUGGGCAAAAAAUCAGUGAAGAUCUCAUGGAAAAAUUGGGCAUCAAAACUACCGACUUAAUUUCAAAGGCUUACUUGGAUCUCUUAGUAGCCAAAAUUCAAUAACGAUGCAAAUGUGCAAAAAAAACCUGGUGAAAUCCGCCUUCCACUAAUUCUUAAUUUUUACUCUAAUUAAAAUUACAUAUUUUAAUGAUAUGAAACACCUGCUGUGUUCGUUAAUGGUUCAUUUGAAUAAUCUUACGCUCUAGAAGCCACACUUUGUACCUGCGAGGCAUCUAACUUAAACCCUGCAAAGAAAUAUAUAUUUUUCAAAAACUUU